AGGCAGGGCGCGUGGCCUGCAGCCCCCCUCGCGGGUGCAGGCGACAAGGCCUGCACAGAACCCACCCCCACCCAGGACAUUGCGGGAAGGCGCGGAGCCAGGGAGAGAGGAGACGGAGGAGGAGGAAGAGAGGCUCAUCCAGUGAGGACUGGAAGUUGAGGGUUCUACACCCAGACAUCAGUAGAUCAUGGCCCCAUGGCCCCGGGCACAUGGCCUCCUGCUGCUAUUACUGCUGCCGUCCCUGGGGGCUGGCCCUGCCCUGGGCAGGGGCCUUCCCGGGCCACUUGAGGACUCAGAACCCCACGUGAUCCCAGGAACCUAUCCCAAAGGCCCUGUGGGCUCAGAGUCCCAGGCCUUUGACGUCCUCUGGGAGAACCCCAGUGAUGAGGGGCCUUGGCACUCAGAUGUCCCCCAGACCCCUGCUGAAGGCCCUGAGAGGCCUGUAGACUCUCCCCUUGGCCCAGCCCUGCAUGGGCCCAAAGCAGCUCAUGGGAUUCCAGGAGAGCGACUCCCAGUAACAGAUGACCUCCAGAUAGUUCGAGGGUCCAGCUCCCAGGGCUGGACAGGACCCCCUGAUUCACAGGAGCCUCCAGAGCCAGAAGCAGCCGUCCCCCACCCAGUGGGUGCCCCCCACCUCAGUUUCAUCCCAACUCCCCGACUUCAACUCAGGGUAGCCACGGUUCCUCCUGUUCCACCGGAGCCCCAAGGUCAAGCAGAGCAGCCACCACCUAGAGAUGAGGGUCUGAAGGCCAAAGCCAAGAUCAGGCUCCCAGAGACUUCUCCCUCAGACCACCAGGGCCCUGCCCACACUCUUGAGCCCCACGCAGGUGCUGUCAAGAGGCCAGUGCUAGAAGAGGUUGGCCAUGAGGAAGAUUUCCAAGAGGCAGUUCAAGGCCCCCUCUUCACCCAGCAGCAAGAUCCAGCAGCCCCCAAUGCUGGCUCACUAUCCCCCGUUGAGGUGACAAACACUCAGGAAGCAGGGGCCCAGCCAGAUUUGGCAUUGGCUAGGAGCCUUCCUCCUGCUGAGGAGUUACCGGCUGAGCCUCCCAAGAAGACUGGAGCUGGGGAAACCUGGGAAGUCAGCUCCUCAGGUCCCCAGCCCAUGCAGACUGACCUGCCUGAUGUUAAGGCUUCCCCAGGAUCUCAGCCUACACAUCCUCCAGCCUCAGAGGCUCCUGAUGGGCAGCCAAAGCCAGAGAUAGCAGCAAUGAAUGGAGCUGACCCCAUCUCCCCGCAGCGGGUGAGAGGAGCAAUGGAGGCUCCUGGCACCCCCAAGUCCCUCAUCCCUGGUCUGUUAGACCCUGGCCCAGCUACAAACCAAACGGAGAGCCCUAUGGGAGCCCUGCAGCCAGGUGAAGACGAAGCCGAGGAGUGGCCCGGACGUCCCCAAAGCCAUCCCCCAGCACCCCCAGUCCAGGCCCCAUCGACAUCACGACGGGGCCUCAUUCGUGUCACUACGCAGCGAGCCCUGGGUCAGCCGCUCCCUCCGGAGCCCUCAGCCAGCGCCACAGCUUCAGCGCCAGCUUCCGGCCCGCCAGCCAACGCCACUGCACCUCCCCUGCGCUGGGGGCCCCUUCGACGGGUGCUGAGUUUUUCCUGGGAGCUGCACGUCUAUGGGGUUGGAGUUCUCUUCCUGCUGCCUGCCUUAUUGGCACUGGCCACGCUGGCAGCCGCCCUGGCAGGACCCCGGCUGGCGCUAGUGGCCGCGGUGCUGGUGCUGGUAGCUUCAGGACUACGUUCUGCCUACAUGCUCACCGACCCUUAUGGCGCACAGGCGCGGCUGGGCAUGCGCGCCGGCCUGGUGCUCUACAACCUGCCCUUCCCCUUGCUACUCACGGCCCUGGCGGCCCUGACCCUACUCGGCCUGGGCGUGGGGCUACCACAGCCGCUACAGAACCCGCUCCUGCUGGGGGUUGUGGCGUUGGUUCACGGCGUGGGGUUGCUCUUGACAGACCUGUUCUCCGUGAAGCCCGUGCUCAACCUCCUGGCGCAGGGUUUAUCCUGCGCCUGGGGCGCGUCGGUGGCUCUAGGCACACUCUGCCUGUGCCGUCGCCGCCUGCUGGAAGGCCCUCGGGGCUGGGAUGCCAGCCCUGGCCCACGGUUGUUGGCCGUGGCGGGCUCACUGGGGCUGCUGGCCAGCGGCUUGCAGUUGGCGGCCGCGCUCUGGCUGUACCCAGGCCCAGGCCGGGUGGGCCGCUUUUCAUGGGCCUGGUGGGGUGUCCACUUCUGGCUGCGUCUGCUGGAGCUGACCUGGGCGCUCGCCUUGGCACUGGCCGCUGUGGCCGCCGCACGACCCAGGCCGCCCACCGAGCACGCUUGCUGGGCUAAGUUGCUGCGCCUGGCUUGCCCUGCACCGUCGGGCAAGAGCGAGGUGCCGGAGAGACCCAAUAACUGCUAUGCCGGACCCAGUGGCAUCGGCACAGGCGGCUUGGACAUCAGCAAGAGCCUCAUCCGCAACCCGGCGGAAGGCGGGCCGCCUGUCACGCCCAAUUCAGGAGCCUGGGGCUCGGUUGCGUCGCUGGGUCGCGGUCCCCUUGGUGGCCCGGGACUAUCCCGCAGCAGCGUGGGUCCGGCGCCGUCGCUAAGCGAGCUGGACCUGCGGCCGCCAUCGCCCAUCAACCUGAGCCGAAGCAUCGACGCCGCGCUCUUCAGGGAACAUCUAGUGAGAGACAGCGUGUUCCAACGUUGCGGCCUGCGCGGCCUGGCCUCCCCACCGCCGGGGGGCGCGCUGCGGUCGCGUAGGGGCAGCCACCCAGACGCCGAGCUCGACGGUGCGGGCUCUUCGCUCCUCCGCGGCCGCUGUCGGUCUCUCAGUGAUGUGCGCGUGCGCGGGCCAGUCCCGCCUCACGUAGUUGACGCGCCGGACGGGACAGCUGCUGCCUCUGGCAGCUCCCUGGACAGCUUCUCCAGGGGCUCGCUCAAGAUCAGUUGGAAUCCGUGGCGUCAUGGGCUGUCGUCGGUGGACAGUCUGCCCCUAGAUGAACUUCCCAGCACAGUGCAGCUACUGCCCGCUGCGACACCAGCCCCUACAUCCUCUCCCGCCCGGCCUGGGGAGCCCCAGGGCGAGGUGCAACCGCGCUGCAAACCCGGGGACUCCCGCAGCGCCUCCAGCGAUACCAUCGAGCUCUGAGCUGUCCUGCCGCAGGACCUGGAUCCUGCGCUGGAUACCCACGCGCCAUGGCCGACCAGGACAGUCGAACCUUUGGAAAACUGGCUUUCCUGGGUCUCCACCUUACUGCACACCCGACCCCAUCCCCGACAGCCAGGCGUGAUUCACCCGCCAUUUUUGUUGUUUUUUUAAAUAUCUCUAUUUUUUUCAGCAGGUAUUUUGCACAGAGGCCGUGACUUACAGGGAAUACAGGGUGGAGGUGCAUGGAUUUGAGCGUGGGGAACAGGGAACAAGUGCCCCUGGUUCCUCACAAUGUGGAGAGAUGAGCCUCGCUUGUCCUGAUUGACUGUCCUCUUUGUGCCAAAGAAAUAAAAUCUUAAGAUUUGGCUCCCGCGUUCCUCUGGUCAAGCCAGGAUCCUGUACCCCACCAGAGGACAAGUUGCUCAAGGCUUUGGUGAUAACUAUUGGUGUCUUAUCGGGACAUCUGUUCGGCACUGAUUUCAGCUCUCAACAUCCAUCAUCUUGUGUAAUUCUCAUCUUAAGGCUAGGCACGGUGGCUCACGCCUGUAAUCCCAGCAACUCUGGAGGCUGAGGCAAGAGGAUCUCAAGUUUAAUGCCAGCCUCAGCAACUU